AUGACCGCGUCUCCUGAGCCAAUAGAAAUUCAGGAAGCAAAGCUGGUGGUUCCUGAACAGUAUAGUGAGGAACAGUUUGCGCCAGGUGAGCUCAAAGUUGGAUGUACUGUGAGCGCAUUCAAAGAUGGGGAAGUAAGACUAGCAGAAGUUCUUUCCAUACAGCAAAAAAAGAACAGACUAGUUUUCUACGUUCAUUACCAAGAUUUCAAUAAGCGUCUAGAUGAAUGGAUUGAGAAAGACAGAAUUGAUUACAAGAGACCCGUUUUUUGGCCCAAACCAAAAUCUGAGAAGAAAGACAAGACGAAAUCCAAUAAAGGGAAGAACAAUAAACAGAUAAAGUCUAACAAGGGCGACAGCACAGUGAAACAAGAGGACACAAGUGUUGACCUGUCAGGAAAGGAUAGCGCAGGCCAGGAUGUUAUGGAUUUGGAUAAUCUUAACGUCCAAGGAUUGGUUAAGGAGGGCGAGGAGCUGACCAGGGAGGAUGAAAUCAAAAAAUUAAGAACAGGGGGAUCAAUGAUUCAGAGUCAUAAUGAAGUUUCCAAAGUCAGAAAUUUUUCGAAAGUCAUAAUCGGAAAACAUAUUGUUGAACCUUGGUAUUUUUCUCCAUACCCUGUAGAGCUUACAGAAGAAGACGAGAUUUACAUCUGUGAUUUUACGUUGAGUUUCUUUGGAUCCCGUAAACAGUUCGAGAGGUUCAGAAUAAAAAACACUUUGAGGCAUCCACCAGGAAAUGAAAUUUACAGAGAUGACGUCGUUUCGUUUUUUGAGAUUGAUGGAAGACGUCAAAGGACGUGGUGCAGAAAUCUAUGUCUCCUAUCGAAGUUGUUCCUGGAUCAUAAGACGUUAUAUUAUGACGUGGAUCCGUUUCUGUUUUACUGUAUGACAAUCAGAGAUGACCUUGGCCACCAUUUAGUAGGGUACUUUUCCAAAGAGAAGGAAAGUGCGGACAAUUACAACGUGGCAUGUAUUUUAACACUUCCCCAAUAUCAAAGACAUGGAUACGGUAAGCUUCUAAUUCAAUUCUCAUAUGAAUUAAGCAAAACAGAAGGAAAAGUCGGAUCUCCAGAAAAGCCAUUAUCCGAUUUAGGUUUGUUAUCAUACAGAGCUUACUGGGCUGAUACGAUUGUUAAACUACUUAUGGAAAACGGGACCGAGACUACCAUCGAUGAGAUUUCUGCCCAGACAUCGAUGACAACCACAGACAUUCUACAUACACUGCAGACAUUGAACAUGCUUAAGUAUUACAAAGGCCAGCAUAUUAUAUGUCUGACGGAUCAAGUUGUCAAACAAUACGACAGACUAAUCAAAAGGAAACGUCAUGUUUUAGAUCCCGCUAAAUUAUCCUGGAAGCCUCCUGUAUUUACUGCCUCACAAUUGCGUUUCGGGUGGUAG